AUGUUUAAAAUCUUCAGACCACCCAAAUUGUCACGAUCCUUAGGUUUGGGAUUGGGGUUUGCUGCCUCAGCCAUGAUGACCACUUCAAUAUUAUGUGAUUCCAUUCCUAUCACUCGAAAAAUUACUGUGGAUGAAUUGCAAAAGCAUAAAUCUACUGAUUCUACUUGGGUUGCAAUCAAUAGAAAAGUUUAUGAUCUCACUGAUUUCUUACAGAAACACCCUGGUGGAUCAGCCAUUAUCAUGAAAUUUGCUGGUAAAGAUGCUUCCAAACUAUUCAAUCAUUUACAUCCCAUCUAUGUUCUUGAUCAAUACUUAGAACCUGAGAAUUAUUUAGGUGAACUUGAAGGUGAAUUUGCAACUGAACCUAAAGCUAAAAGUGAAGGAGGCGUUCCACCAUUAUCAAGAGUUUUCAAUCUCCAUGAUUUCGAAUUUAUUUCUAAGAAGGUUCUUACUCCAGAAACUUGGGCCUAUUAUCUGGGAGGACUGGAUGAUGAAAUUACUAUGAGAGAUAAUCAUUCAGCUUUUGCUAGAAUUUUCUUCAAUCCUAAAGUAUUGGUUGAUGUCAGAAACGUUGAUAUUUCCACGGAAAUGAUGGGAAUUGAAACAGAUGCUCCAUUUUAUUUAACGGCUGUUGCCAUGGCUCAAAUGGGUCAUCCAGAUGGUGAAUUAUCAGUUGCAAGAGCUUGUAAAGAAGAAAAUGUUAUACAAAUGAUUUCAUCUACUUCUUCAUACCAUUUCGAUGAUAUUACCAAAGAAACUACCAUGUCCAAAUGGUUCCAACUUUAUGUUCAACCAGAUAGAUCUCAUUCUCAUCAAAUGCUUAAAAAAUGUGAAAAUCAAAAUGUGAAAGCCGUUUUUGUUACCGUCGAUACACCCGUCUUAGGUUUCAGAGAGAAAGAUUUCCGUCUCAGAUAUGCUGAUGUUGAAGAUGAUGAUACCACUGAACAAUUUGAUCCUAUCAAAGAUUACCAAGAUCCAGGUAUCACUUGGGCCGAUAUUGAUGAUUUUAAAUCAAGAACCAACUUACCGGUAGCUAUCAAAGGUGUUCAACGAGUUGAAGACGUCCUUUUAGCUAUCGAUCAUAAAGUUGAUGCCGUGGUAUUAUCAAAUCAUGGAGGAAGACAAUUAGAAUAUUCAAAACCUCCAAUUGAAGUUUUAGCUGACGUUAUGCCUAUCUUAAAAGAACGUAAACUUGACGACAAAAUUGAUAUUUUCAUUGAUGGGGGUGUUAAAAGAGGUACCGAUGUGGUCAAGGCCUUGUGUCUUGGUGCUAAAGGUGUGGGGAUUGGUAGACCGUAUAUUUAUGCCAAUUCUGCCUAUGGAGAACGAGGUGUUAGAAAAGCGAUUCAAUUAUUGAAGAAUGAGGUCAUUUUAACCAUGAAAUUAUUAGGAGUUACCAAAUUGGAAGAUUUAAACGAAGAUUUGAUUGAUACCAGAAAUUUGAAAAACAGAAGGUUCCACAAUGAUGUCCAUAAUGAUAUCUAUGAACCUUUGACCUUCCCCAAAUAG